UUACUUGUGCUAAAGGUAGCGACGCUCCAGCUCUAUAUAAGUGCAAAAUCAAAUAUCUCAACUCUACAGUACGUCGUCGAGAUCAUCAUCAUGACCAAGCUCCAAAUAGUAAUGUUUCCAUGGUUCGCCAGCGGCCACGUUACCCCGUUCAUCCAUCUUGCCAACGAGUUCGCCACCAAAGGCCACAGAGUCACAAUCCUUGUCCCAAAAAAGAUUCAGCUGCAACACCAACAUCUCAGCCUCCACCCGCCGAACCUCAUCGCCUUCAGCACCAUCAACGUUCCCCACGUCGAAGGCCUUCCCGACGGAGCCCAGUCUGCCUCCGACAUCCACAUCUCCCUCAACCACCUCCUCGCCACAGCCAUGGACCUCACACGCAACCAAGUAGAAACCUUUCUCCGUUCAUCCAAGCCCCACCUUGUCUUCUACGAUUUCGCUCAUUGGAUCCCGGAGAUCACAUCCCAGAUGGGAGUCAAGUCGGUUUAUCUCAGCGUUGUCUCGGCGGCUUCUUUGGCUAUCGCUCUUGUCCCGGCUCGAAACCUCCCGGUCAACCGACCUUUAAUGGUGGAGGACGUUAGGGAUCCUCCGCCAGGGUACCCUUCUUCCACCGUGGUGCUUAGUGGCAACGAGGCUAGUUCUUUGCUCUUCCUGUCGUCACCGUUCGGUGACGGAAUAACUUUCUUCGAGAGAUCCAUAGCCGCCAUGAAAAACUGUGACGCGCUAUGUAUACGUACAUGUACAGAGUUGGAAGGUCCUUUGUGUGACUACAUGGGAUCUCAGUUCCAAAAACAGAUCCUCCUAACAGGCCCGCUCUUGCCAACUAAUGCUGCUUCGACUACGUGUUUGGAGGACCGUUGGGCCAGGUGGCUUGGCCGGUUCGAGCCCGGCUCGACCGUGUUCUGCGCGUUCGGAAGUCAGAUCAUGCUCGACAAGGAUCAGUUCCAAGAACUUGUGCUGGGGUUUGAGCUGACAGGGUUGCCAUUUCUGGUGGCGUUGAAAGCUCCAUUGGGGUGUGAGACGGUGGAGGAGGCUUUGCCGGAGGGGUUUGAAGAGAGAGUGAAAGGAAGAGGAGUGGUUUACGGUGGUUGGGUUCAGCAGCCAUUGAUACUCAGCCACCCAAGUGUUGGGUGUUUUGUUAACCACUGUGGUUUCGGGUCGAUGUGGGAGUCUUUGAUGAGUGAUAAUCAGAUUGUUUUGGUGCCACAUUUGGGUGAUCAGAUAUUGAACACUAAGCUUCUGACCGGAGAGUUGAAGGUGGCGGUGGAGGUGGAGAGGGAAAGUGAGAAUCGGUGGUUUUCGAAGGAGAGUUUAAGCAAAGCUGUAAACUCAGUUAUGGAGAAAGAUAGUAAGGUGGGGAUUAUGGUGAGGAGUAGCCAUGCAAAGUGGAGAGAGUUGUUGAGUGAACCUGGUUUCAUCAGUGGUUACAUCGACGGGUUUAUCAAGAAUCUUGAAGAUAUCUCAUAAUUAUUAUUAUUAUUAUUGCUUAAUUGUUAAAUAGUAUUGCAAUAGUUAAUAAGCUGUUUUUGCUUAUUCAAAUCAGAUCUGUGUUUUGAUAAUGUAUUUCUUUCCUUAUUUGGCGACAGAUUUAAUGUUGUGAUAUGUACCUUUAAGUUUUGGAUUCA